GUACUUCGGAGGGUUUUGUGCUAUUUGUGAUCAGCUUUUAAGGCAUGCUUGAGUGUGAUACUCCAUGUGAGUUGGUUAGACAGUUCUUGACUAAUCUUGAGCGUAGACAAAGAAAUCUUGGGAAAAGAAAGAGUAAGCUAGAUGGUUAUCGCGAAAAACUACAGAAAGGUGAGGUCCUGAAAGAGGAACAAAAGAAGGCCGUGGAAAGCUAUGAUGGUGUGGUUCAGAACAUUUCGUUUGUGCAAGAGAUUGUGGCACAGACGAAAGAUCUCUUGUCGAAUAUGGAGUUAGUCGUUGAUAAGCAAAUGUCCCAACUGGAAGCUGAACAUGAGAAAUAUACACUUUCGUAUUUAAGUAUCCACAUGUGCUUGGAACGUUUCUUUGCUUCCUUGGAUAUUCCGGCAGUCCGUUCAGCCGUCACAAAAUCUUCGUCAGAAAACAGCCUUAAGUUGUUAGACGCUGUACGAGACAUAUUAACACCACCGGUAGUGGAUAAUUGGCCUGGACUUAGUUCUUCAGCUCUGUCCUCUGUUCCCAACUUUUUACAAGCACGGGAUGAUCUUAAGGCUGUUGCUGCAAGCACCUUCAAUUUGGUGAGUGGGAAUUCAGUACCUGUUCCACUGUCAAACGAUUUAGAGGACUUGCGGAAGAAGCACACAACCUACAAAGAUGUCCGCAAUAUGUGUUUCCGACUACUGUCCAACCCACUUGUCCAGCAAUCAAUGGGUCUUAUUAGUGAUAGUAGCACGACGAUUGUACCAGAACCAACACAAGUUGUUACAGAUUCGGAAAUCAACUCAUCUAUCGGCUUAUCAGGUCCUGCUGAAGUCACUACUGUUCCCUACAAUGAAUUCGCAACAAUCAGUGUGCACUCUUCUGUUACAACGUCAGACGAACCGGUGGAUCAAGUUAUCCGACCACUCAAUAGCACGUUUAACUUCAUUCAGGUAAGCAAUAAAUUAGUUUAUUCAUCAUGCUUACCUGUGAAUGAAGUUUACUAGCCUGGUGGUACCUUAUCUCUAGUUAUCGAUCCCAGGUAGUUGAUCAGAUAGUGUUGUAUAAUUCACUAAAUACUAUUCAGUUAAUCAGUUGUUUUUUAACAGCUAACAGUUUUAAAUAGUCUGGACCUAAAGUAGUUACAGAUAAGCAACAAAUUGAAUGACGAUAUUAAUUUGUUAAAGUUCUGCUGGUAUUAUCGUCAUUUUAUUUAAGCAACUGUAGGCUCAUUGUUUGACGUCCUCCCUAGACGUUGACCGUUAUCUACCUAGUAGUUGAUUAAAUUUCAAUACAUUUGGGUACCGCACUGCCCCAUGUUUCAAGAGUAAAAGGAAUCGAUGUUUAUAAUUCCUCUAUCUGAACGUAAAUGUUGACAAAAUUUUCAACUUGUCUUUAGAAUGUCUGGAACCUGGACAGUGUUCCAUUUCGGUUUAAGGUUGAGUUUGCUAAAUAUCAAAUUCCUAUUUGUGUAGCAAAGACAGAAGGCCCAUGUUAUAACUUUCCUAGUAUGCUUCUGUUUGUCUAGUCUUUUCUUGAAUGAGUUCAUUGAAGGUGCGGACACCACUGCUCUGAGUGUUAUGUUCCAAUACUGAUGACUCGGUGUGAGAACCUGUGUAUUACGGUUAUUUUGUUCCUUCUUGGUUUUUCUACUUGCCUGCUAUGUCCUCUGAGAUGCCUCGAUCUAGUGGAAAGAAAAAGAGGACAUAUCUCUAUAUAGAAAUCAGAACAGAGUACAAAGGUCUAGCUUUUCAAGCCACUCUUUGUAUGGUAGAUUUCUGAAAUUGCACGGGUAGCUGCCCUCAGUACUUCUUCCAGGAUAUCGGAGUCACCUUUCAAACACAGGUUUGCAGCCUGAACGCAUUUCUCAAGCUUAAUUCUCACUAACGUUGUGUGUACUGUAGUUAACAUGGUUGUAUCUGACUUGGUGAGAGUCCGUCUCAAAGACCAUAGGCUUCCGAACUCUUUAGCUGCGACCUCCCGGCAAUGGGUCGUGGUUUUAAGAUCAUGACUCACUGUCACCUCAAGAUCCUUGUGAGACCGGACCAUGGGUACAGGCACUUCUAUGCUGUGCUUUUGUAGCCCCAAAGUGCAUGUAGACGUAUCUGAUUGAGUCUUCAAUGUGCUGUAAUAAAGCUAGUGCGAUUGAGGUUUCUAAAAGUUUGCAAACAAAUGACGUCGAUGACCAUACUUCUAAGUUUACCCAGUUUUUAUACUGUGCAUUAAAGUCGCCUACUAUAAGGUUUUCACUCCUAUUUCAUUAGGACUUGAGUUUGCUUAGGAAAAAAUCAUCUACACAUACUGGGCUGCGGUAUAACACAUCUAAUUCAAUAUCUUGUCUACAUUUCGACCUGCAACACCAGUUCACAUGUCCCUGAAUCAUGUACCACUAUCUCAACAGCUCGUAUGGUCAAGGUACUUUUCGUGUACAAGACAACCUCAUUUCCCCUCCUGGAAAAAACAGUCAACUGGAUUUCAUUAUCAAAAACUUAUGUUGACCGUGUUUCUGAAACAAAGAUGACAUGAUUUUCUGUAUUUGUCAUUGUAUUGGGCUACGCCAUUUUAUUUAGUAGGCUGCAAGCAUUUAUAUAGCACACAUUCAAUUCUGUGGACAACAUUCCCUUACCACCCACAGUAGUUUGGUGAUCGUUUAGCUCCGAACUUUUACAGUCUAAAAAUCCUUGAGUAUGAGAUUUUCAGUUUCGGUGGUUUUCAUCUGUACUUCUGCUGAUCGUCUAAUACAGUCAACCGGGCUGAGAUCUUCACCGACGUAUAUUUCGUAUCCGGUCAGUUUGAAUGAGUUUCUCAGUACUAGGUUUCUUCAGCCGAAGCAAAGGUAACCUUUAGGAGGCUGCUUUUCUAAGUACUUUCAUAAUCCACAUUUUGUUCUAUUCUAUAAAACUUACAGCUGCUAACUCCUGAGAAUUUUUUUUGGGUAACUUGCUUAUAUGAAACUGGGAUCGUGCUCAAAUCAUGCCUGUUUCUUUUUUUUAGCGAGGUCCGUCUUAUCACGCUAUAAUAAUCUAAUUCCUGAAUUUUCUAAUUGAAUUCCGAUUCCAAAUGGCGUCUAACACAUAAGGUCACACUGUUCUCUUACAUUUCUUUUUCUGGGUGUGACUGUAAGCCAACCAUUUACCUUAUUUUGUCUAUUGAUCACAUCCUGUACACUUUGCCCCCCUCCAUAGCGUGAAUCCGGAACUGAAACCAUAGAUUCACAUACAUUAGUACUGUCUAUAAUUGGUUUCUUAGCGUGCUUUUUCCUUUUCCUUGUAACAAUGCUUUCAUCAGUAUGCUUGUUUUCUGCUUCCCUAGUGGGGUCCACCUCUAUGGUCUCAUUCAAAUCCAGAGCCGGGGUCAUGAUAACUCUCACCAUUUCCUCAAAAUUAAAAUUCUGCUCAUCUGCUGCCUGUUUAUCUGAGGGCAAUUUUCUAGCUAUGUUCAGCAGCUUAAGAAUCUGCAGACUUUGUAGAACAUAAUGCUUUGCACAGCCAACGUAAUAAUAGUAUUCAGCACCUAUAUGCAGCCGGUGCACACAUUGUGAUACUACUUAUUAGAGUUGUCACAUUGCAUCCCAUAUUCAACAAGGAAACAUCAUGCGGGUCUGCCACAUCGAUGUUUUAUCUGCGCCAUAAAUUUGUUUUGUGAUCUCGCAGGAAAAAACUGCGAAAAUUGAUCUCUAGAUAACUGUCUUUUGAGGCUUGUUAGGUGAUAGAUACUAAACAAACAAGAACAGAGGUUUCUAUAUAGCUCCACCUAACAAUAAAAAGUCUAACUUCAUUAGUUACAAAAAUACUUUAGCAUCUUUGGAUACAAUAAUACUAAAAGAUAUACUCAAAGAGGAGAAAAUACCAUUGCCCUUUGUUUCUUUUGUAUCUGUACUCGAAAAGUAAAGAUGACAAACUUCUGAAAUAAAUUUAAUUAAAGCAAAUACAGUAGUCUUGAUUCGUAAUUUAACGAUCAAUACUAUAAAAUAUACUCAGUAAAAAUACCACUGCGUUUCUUAAAUCAGAUGACAAAGGUUUUAUUUAUAAAUGUCAGAUCUUUAUUAAUUGUCAGUCUAUUUCUACUGUCCCUUGCUUUCGCAAAGUGUGCUCGUGCGGUGUGGUUUGUUUUCUCCUUAUAUAUUCUAUUAUUUUGAACAAUCUCGUGGUUUGCAUUUUUUAAGCUACUGGUCAAUAAAUGAUAUCAGCUCUGUGUUAUUGCUUGACAUAUCCAACGGUAGAUGUUUACUUAUCAAUGUAAACGAGUACUCUUUUGUGUUGCUAAGUCUCUAGCUGAUAUCAUACCUUUAAGGAAUAAACUGAUGUGUAAUUUGCCUCGUGAAAUCAUGAGUAUCACCUCAGUUUCUCGAUUUUUUGGCUGUCGUUUUUAUUAAAUUUCUAUAUAUUGUGUGUAUUUUUGUUAACAGCUUCACUUGUUUAAUGUUAAGCUCGCUACUUUUGCUUCAGGCUUCUAGAGUCACUCAUUCGCAUAUCACGCCCGAACCUGCAGCAAACUACGAAGAUGUUAUGCCUGUUAAUCAAUUACCAAAUAAAACAAGUGUUUCUUGUUUCAGUAAUCAUAAUAUCGAAGAUAACAUAGACCCUUCAUUGGUUACAAGGAUAGACCAACAAUAUGUUUUGAAUAUUCCAGAAGUUGAACACUCAAAGAUUGAAUUAUUCGGAAGAAGUUCAUCAUCUUUGUCAUCAGACAAUGUCAAUCAACCUACGUCUUUUAAAUCAAUAUUAUCUCAGGAUGAGCAUGAGGGAAAUAGCAAUAUUCACAAACCAAUUUCAUAUGCGGAUUCUGUUCGGAGAGCCGGCCAAGCACACGCAGGUUUUAGUCGUCCAGCAGUUGUAGAUAAUAUAAACUCUAAAAAGAUCGACCGCACAAUGGAUGAAAACUCUCGUGAGUCCGAACAACUUGAUUCGAAUUUCGCGCGUGGAAAUUCCAAAGUUGGACCACGUAGUCGCAUUCCGAAUGAAAAUCGAGGUCGUGGAAGUACGUUUCUUUUUCAUUGGCUAAUAUUCGGAUGCAUACUUUGUUUAUAAUGUAGGAGUUUUUCAAAGGGUGUACAUUUGUUAAAUUUAGUAUCACUAGUGUGAUUUUGUAUUUCAGCGUAUUAGUUGGUUUCAAACAGAUAUAUAAUUGAAUUUGAAUGAUUUUCUACACCUGGCAUUGCUUUUUGAAUAUUCAAAAUUCAUUAAACAUUGUUGUCAAUGUUUUGUUUUAUUAUAUGUACCAUACAUUACAGACAUUUUCAUUUUUUCCCCACAAGGCGGUGGUCCAAGACGUAAUACCGGUCAGCGGGGUGGUGGCGGUAAUUUCGGUGCUCAUCCAGGUCGUGGUGGCGCUCAUCGAGGAAUGACUACUGCAUUUGCUCAACCUACUUACUGAUUGUCGUAUUGAUCAAGCCCGGUAUAUUGCUUAACUUUAUAUAUCUAUAGCUGACGGUUGUAGCCGAUGGCCUUUGUUUGUUGAUAUUGCAUUUCUUUGGUUCAGUGACCAAUCGCAAUGUAUAAUUUGGUACCAUAUUGCUUCGUGCGACGUAGAACAUGCGCGAAUAGCUUUCUCUUAACAACAAUCUUAUGUUUGAGUUUUGGCAUGCCAAGCUAACAGUUAAAGAUUAAUAGUGAUCCAAAGAUUGUAAUACAUUUUUAAAAUGACUACCUUUAUUCUUCCUGCAGUUGGUUUCGUUCAUGAUUAUACACCGACAUGAACAGAGGCGACACUUUACUAAUUAAAGGCAGUGAUAUUCCAACAAAUCUCUUAAACAGGGUGACUGAUUACUAAAAUUAAUGUGUUGACAGAUUUGGACUCGUGCAUAAGCAUUAUAAAUUGUUUGCAAUGUUCUACAUGUUACUGUGUAGCAUAGUUAUUUUUAUUUACUUUAACACAUAGUCAUCAAAUACAUAUGCGCCACACAAAUCUUGUUUGAUAUGUGUGAGGGCUGUGAUACUGCUAGGGUUUCCAAACCAAAGCAGGUGGUUUUCUUAGGGGGCCACACCCGGAGCCUUCGACCUGGAGGUCUGAUCCACAAGGCAGUGAAGCAUCGUGAGAAGAUGCAGUCCCAUAGUAGCCGGUGACCAACAAUUGGUCCAUACGCCAUUUGUUCCUUCAGGAUCCUGGAGCCCAUGUGCACCAUUGGUUUGGAAUCAAGGUUCUCCAACUCCCCUAGGUGGAUCCUCCAUAUCCACCAACCCGGAUAAAGCACCGAACAUUCGCUUUUGUCCUCUCCAUUUCGCCACGAGAAAGCGAUGAGUAGGACUUCCCUGAUAAAGGCUAUAUACGCGUGGCCAUGUGAGAGCAUUUGGAGAGGGAGAGCGGACUCUACCCACUCUCGGCCAUACCAGGGCAUUUGAGGCCAGUUAGUCAUGACACUAAUUGCAUUCGGCAUUCCAUAAUUGUUAUGACAGUUCACUUGCCAAUUUUUUUGGAAGCAGUAGCUGCAUACUGUGUUCCUUAUAUGUAAAACAUUUGAAGAUUUCGAAAAGCUGGCGCAUGUGUCCUUGCUAGACGCUGAGUUAACUUAUACGGCUGUUUGAGUAGAAAGAGCAUCUUUAGAUUUAAAAAUGACCAAGUUGCAAUGUCAGUGAUCCGGUCAGAUUGAUAUUGUCCUCAAAAGUGCUAAUACGAUCUUGUUAAUGCGGCAUACAAGUACGGCGCUAUCAGUCGUAAAUUAUAUCUUAAAAUCUGAAUCUCCAUUUCCUGAUGGUCUCGCUUAGCUCCAAUCAGCCCAUUUGUGAGCGAAUUACACUAAUUUGCUUGUGCACUGAAAAUACUGCACUAUCCUGACUAUAUUCUCCCAUCCAGUUUAUCUAUUGAGUCUCAGAACAAGGCAAAAACGUUUAUUCUAUUACUAAUUAUGGUUGCACAAAAUUACAAGAUUAAAUUAAGAUGAGACUGACUAAAUCUUAGGUUCCUUACAUAACUACAGGAAGCACUGUUCUUUAUCCCUUUCUAUUUGUUUGCCGCUUAGAAAUCUAAUUUCUUCAAUAUCAAAGCAGUAUCACAACCCUCACACAAAACAAGUGACUUGUGUGGCGCUUUGUUAAUCAUAUGUACCAAUAUUAAUAUAGUCAAAUGAAUAAAUUCGUCCCACAUCGUAAACUGUACAGUAGAAUUUUUUACAUGCACAACAAUCGGAACAUCUUAAUGAAACAGUACAAAAUAAAUGGAAUUUACAAAUAGAUUAAAACUGAAGUAUUUUACGUUUGACGAUUUUGCGGGAGAUCACAAAUAUCUUAAUAUAGCCAGAAAUUAACGUUCGGAUUUUUUCCUGUUGACUUUGAUAUAAUCUUGAAGGCUUCGUCAACAGAAAGGUUAGAGUAUCAAAUGUUUUUGUAUGUCCGUGAUGGAUUUCCACCCUACGAGUGACAUUUCCCAUAUUCUAGUUUUAAGUUGUCUUUCGACAUCAAUCAUUUUUUCUAUUACAGUUCAUAAAUUACAGGUUAGUCGACUAUAAGCUCCCUAUUCGGCUUAGUAUUGGAAAUGUCAUGUACCCAUUAAGGUCCAUAGGUUAUAACAAGAACCUAGUAAUCAGUGAGCAGCAUAAACGAGACUAUAGUAUGACCAGUAGUCGGGACACGCUAUUUGACUAACCGUUGAUAAAUAACACAAAAAUCAAAGCAUGAUAGGGUCUAGAACUAGUUCUGAGUAUAUAUCCGUUAUUAUGCACUCAGAAAGUAGAUGAUAAAAGCGAAUACAAAAACAUGGUUACUAUGUACGCCUUUUUAUACGAGUUUCGAGUUCCUCAAGGUUACUGAGAAGUUCGAGAUCAAAUCUGUUCAUUUAGCUCUGGAAAAUUAAACGGUACCUUUGAUGCUACACCAACGCGCUUGACAAAGGGAAUUUAAUUUUACUGAGAUGAUUUGUGAAGCAACUCGCACAUUGUCAGUGUGAUUUUUGUAAAAAGAAAGCAUCCUCUGGAAAACUGCUAAAUAAUGCGAAAAACUAAACAGCUAUUUCAUCGUAGUUGGGACCUCGUCAGCAGUAUGUGCACUACAUGAGUUCGAGCCCAAAAAAGUUUAGAUCGAGUGGGGAGGAUACAUUCAAGCAGGUGAAUAGGAAUCCAGUGAUCCCUCGGUUCCAAGCCUAAACUCGCAACAUAGGGUUUUGACAAUUAAAAGCAUAUCGACAAUCCAUAUUUUAUUUUUCUGUAUGGAUGUAGAUUUCGAAGCCAUCUGACAGAUUUUAUGUUAGUUUAUCGGCAUUUGAAGUUCACUGAUAACUAAUAUAACAAUGGAAAAGUGAAAUCGCAAUUUUCAUUAUGAUUUCUGUCCAACAUUACUUUCGUUUCAAUUCAUUGUGGUAAUUGCUCAUUGCAGUAUUUGUUUUGUUUCCCAGUGUAAUAUUUUAUUGAGUAUACCAGUAAUUUAUUUGAGUAUGAUGUUUGUUAAAGGUAUGAUAUUCUCGUAUUAACUUAGCAUGACAUGCAAUACAUGAUUUAUUAUAACUGGGUAUUUUCCGUAUAUAUGAUUUCAUUCUAAUUAAUAUUCAAAAUCUGUUGGGAUAUUCAGGAAAAUAUCCCAGAAAUUAUUCUAUUAAGUCUAAUGCUAUUCUUGGACUUGGAGAUGGUAUUAUUUACUUAUUGGUCAGUACUUAUUUCACGUGUCCUUUUCCUACUGGUUAAUAUUGUACAAUGUUAUCUUCUAUUUUAUCGUACGAUGUGGUCUGCUUGACUGGUAUAUAAACAAAGUAUGUUUGAAAUAUAAUGAUUCAUAACUCAGAGGCUGUGACUUGCGUUCUGGACUCAACUGGCCGGGCUAGACAGACAAGCGUGACCAAUCGAGACACUAGGUCGUCCGUACGUGUUUUCUGUGUCACUGUGAUCGGUCGAUAAAUACUCUGCUUAUCAAAACCUUGCAGCCCACACGUUACAACAAAAUUAAUAUACAAUCAAUACAUAAAGGAGUGUAUUUUCGAUUAGGGUUGUCGUCGUAUUUUGCGUUUAAUAGGUCUUCACUUGUACCAGUCCUUGUGUUGUUACUUCACGUCGUGUGAAUUGCAGUGGUUCCUCGUUUUACAUGUAAAGUAAUAAGCUAUCCCAACAUAACAAACAAAACAUUUUGAAGAUAUCAGCUUUUUGUGCUCUGUAACAUUUCUUAAGAUUCUGGAAAUAAAUUUAAAUUUAAUGCUAUUGUAUAUCCGAAAGUUGA